UCGCCAUUUUCUUCAAUUUCUCCUCGGACCGAAAUCUUCCGUACGGUAGUGUACCAAAAAUGAGAGCGCAGAGAGCGUUGCUUUUCGCGGCACUAGCGGCGUUACUGGUAGCAGCUGCAGGCGGUUAUGGAGGAAGAUGGAACAGCAGAAUCGAGAUCGACGAAGAAGGCGGCGGUGAGGGUGGAUCGCAGCGCAGGGAGGGAACGGAGCGGUUCCUGUUGCAGGAUUUGAAGCACGUGGUGAAGACAGACGCAGGAGAUAUGAAGGUCGUUCGAGGUUUCAGCGACAAAAUCGCGAAAGCGCCGAUGCACAUAGGUUUCAUAACUAUGGAGCCUCGGAGCCUUUUCAUCCCUCAGUACCUCGAUUCGAGUCUAAUUCUCUUCAUCCGGAGAGGGGAAGCGAUUGUAGGGAACAUACACAAGGACGAAUUGGUGGAGAGAAGGCUGAAAAUGGGGGAUAUCUACCGAAUCGCCGCCGGAUCGGCGUUCUAUCUGGUAAACACGGCGGAGGGGCAGCGGCUGCACGUGAUAUGCAGCAUUGCUCCGACGGAGAGCGCGGGAUGGCACACCUUCCAGCCCUUCUACAUCGGAGGCGGAGCAUUUCCAAGAUCAGUUCUCGCCGGAUUCGAUCACACAACAUUGUCGACGGCGUUCAAUGUCUCGGAAGAAGAGUUGGGGCUGCUGUUGACAGGCCAAGAUGAAGGCCCCAUUGUCUAUCUAUCGAAUUCGCAUCCACCUGGUGUUUGGUCCAAAUUCUUGAACAUGGAUCGGAGCCGAAAGCUGGUGCACAUGAAGCGCAUUCUCCAAAUGAAAGAAGAUGAUCAUGAAGCAGAUGGGCAAUACUACCAGGCAGCAUGGUCAUUCAGGAAGAUCUUGGCCUCUAUAUUUGGAUCUGUAAACGAGAGGAGAGGUGACAGGAAGGGCGAAACGGGAAAAGGACCCGAUGCAUAUAACCUCUACGACAGAAAGCCCGACUUCAAGAACGAUUAUGGAUGGAGCCUUGCCUUGUAUAACUCCGACUACGGACCUCUUAAGCACGAUGACAUCGGCGUCUACCUUGUUAAUCUUACUGCGGGAUCGAUGAUGGCUCCUCACUUCAAUCCAAGAGCGAGCGAAUUCGGGGUAGUAUUGAGAGGAUCGGGAACGAUACAAAUAGUGUAUCCCAACGGAACACUAGCAAUGAACGGCAAGGUAGGCGUGGGAGAUGUCUUCUGGGUGCCACGCUACUUCCCGUUCUGCCAAAUAGCGUCGCGCACCGGCCCGUUCGAGUUCUUUGGGUUCACGACAAGUGCAUCCGACAACAAACCUCAGUUCCUAGUCGGGCAGGGGUCGCUCAUCCACACGAUGAACGGAGCCGAAUUUGCAGCAGCUUUUGGGGUGUCCGAGGAGAGGUUGGAUGAGAUGAUAAAUGCACAGAAGGAAUCAAGAAUCCUCCCAUCACCCACUGUUGCCCCACCAGACAGGCAAGAAGAAAGCUCCAUUGGCAUUGUAGCAAUGGAAUGAAUGAUGAUACACAUAGAUGGAUUUUGGUAAGAGAUCAAUCUACUCUGUUCUUACUUUUCUGGUUUAUUGUGAAUAAAUCCAAUGUUGGAACCUAUACUUGUCUGGGCCAUCUAUGAGAACUACUUGUAUAUUAUAUCUA